UGUGAAAGGAUGGGUCGAAAGGUACUUUCAUGUCUCCAGUUAUUUCGCGGGGUGAGACUCUCUGUUCGGCCUACCUUGCCGUACAAUAUUGAUAUUCAGGAACAAUUUAUAUCAUGUGCAAGGCAUGGGCAACACAUGGCGACGAUUUCUCAUGCAUGAGUAGGCACAAACUCUACUUGGCAGUUCUUGGAGGUGCCAGGAUGGUGGGUGCCACCGGUUUUUGUGUCGACUUUCCCACCAAACGCCCAUUCCUGUCGGAGGACUUGGCAUAUGGGGUGGCUUGUUUGUUAACUAGACUUCUUCCGAUAUUGUUUAUAUAAAUCCCAGGGACUCCCCCCCUCCCCACAAACUCUCUCUCCAUCGCUGUGCUAUUUCUUCUCUCCAACCUCCCCCUCGCUGUCCUUCACUGACAAUCUUGUCGACUCUUGCCCCUCAGCCACGCCUUCAGAGGUUCAAUUAAGAGAGACAGCGACCAUAAUGGCCGUCACAGAGGUCGACCCUCGCAAGACCGAGGCGGACGUGGGUAAACCCACCCCCUCACACUUCGAGCAUGCCGCGUACACGCCAAACAUGGAGCUUAUCGAAGCCGCCGUAGCUGCCAGUGAUGAAGAAGCUUCCCUUCCCCGCAAGGAGCUUUUCAGAAGAUACACACCCGCCGUAAUUUUCAGCAUGUUACUCAGUUUGGCGCUCGUCAUGGAGGGUAUGGAUGUCGGUUUGAUCAACAACUUUUUCGCACACCCAGCCUACCUGAGGAAGUUCGGAUGGCCAGACAAGAAUGGCAAACAGCAUAUUUCAUCGGCUUGGCAGGGAGGCAUUGGAGCGGGAAACAACUGCGGUUCAAUCAUUGGACUUUUGAUCAAUGGUUAUCUACAAGCUCGUUUUGGAUCCAGAAGAGUUUACAUGGGAGCCAUGAUCCUCAUGGGUUGCACCGUUUUCGUCCUCUUCUUCGCCGUCAACAUCGAGAUGAUUCUCGCCGGAAAUAUUCUCUGUGGAAUCCCCUGGGGAAUUUUUCAGACGCUAACAACAGCCUAUGCUGCUGAAAUUUGCCCUGCUGCUAUGCGAGGGUACCUUACAGCUUGGGUCUCUAUGUGCUGGGGAGCAGGAAGUUUCCUUGCAACCGGAGUCCUCCGCGGCUCCAUUAGUCUCGGAACCGAUAACGAUGCUUCAUGGCGUGUUCCAUAUGGUAUCCAAUGGAUUUGGAUUCCCCCUCUCUUCCUCGUCGGCUUCUUUGCCCCAGAGAGUCCAUGGUACUUGAUCCGCCGCGGUCGUCAAGCCGACGCUGAAAAGGCGCUCCGCCGUCUCGCUCGCAAGGAUUUCUACACCGAAGAAACUAUGGCCCAGACUCUUGCGCUCAUGAACCACACCAACGAGAUGGAGAAGAUCGAAUCUGAGAACGCAUCUUACAAGGAAUGCUUCACCGGUACCAACAGACGCCGCACAGGAAUCACCUGCAUGGCUUGGCUCAUCCAAAUGCUGAACGGACAAUCCAUCACACAAUACGCAGCUAUCAUGCUUCGCUCCGUCGGAAUGAGCGCCACAAACGCUUUCAACUACAACAUGGGUAUUCAAUCCGUCAACAUCUUCGCCACUGCUAUCGCAAUCGCAUUGAUGGGCCGUAUCGGUCGUCGUACAUUCUACUUGUUCGGAUCGAGCAGUAUCGGCGCAUGCAUGUUGGCAGUUGGCAUUACCGGCUUCCUUGGAUCCAAGAGCACCAUUCCAUACGUCACAGCAGUGUUCUUGAUCCUCGUACAAUGCGCUUUCAAAGUCUCCCUCGGCCCAACUACCUUCGUCGUCGUCGGCGAAAUUUCAUCCAAUCGAAUUCGCGCUCAGACUAUUGUCCUGGGUCGUGCAAUCUACGUGUGCGCCGGUAUCCUGGUUCAGCAGAUCAACCCUCGUAUGUUGAAUAGCGCUGCCGGUGACUGGAACUUGGGCGCCAAGACUGGAAUCGUGUAUUUCUGCUUGUGCUUCGUUUGGGUCAUCUACAUCUAUUUCUGCCUGCCUGAGACCAGGAACAGGAGUUUUGCGGAUAUCGACUAUCUCUUCCAGAAGAAGGUUGAUGCGAGGAAGUUCACUUCUACGCCAAUUGAUUUGUUUGAAUUUACCGCUCCACCAAGCGAUGCCAAAGUUAUGUAUGAAACCGAGCACUUCGAGACGACUGAGAGCGACAAUAACAAGAACGUUCCCGACAGCCAGCGCACUAGAAUCUGAGAGCAUACAUCAUAACUUAUGAUGGAUCGACGAUAGGCUAAGAAGGGUCAUGGCUCAAAUUUAUGAAAGAGCCUCCUGUAUUCAUGAUUAUGUUUGUCUCAACGAAAAGUCGUGAGCCUUUGGGAAUUUUGGACUUAGGAAUGACAUAGAACUAUUCUACAUUUAAUGCAUGAAUGAAGCAAAUGAGAUUAUAUGUCCUCAACAUCGA